AUGGGGAGGAAAUAUCAGAGGCUCAAAGGACAGAAAAGGAAGCGCGUUAAGUCUCCCAACACGAGUCCGGUGGCAAAUGUCCGUCACAAUCUCGGUGAAGUGGUACGAUCCAUUAGCUGCACGGUGGAAUUACAGAUUGAGAACUCCAAAAAAGCGUGGAAAAUCUCCUUGGCUCCGAUGCGGAAGAUCCUCAAAGACAUGGUGAGAAGUGGGAAGAGGUUGAGAAGCGAGUCCCGGGAUAUCUCGCGCUCCUUCACCGAGCUGAACAAGCAAGUGGAGAGCCGGGCUGGCAUGGAGAGCCGAUUGGCGCGCCAAGCCGAAGGGGGCGACUCGACGCAGGAAGUCUACGAGGCGAAGACGCGGAUGCGUUGCAAAAGGUUGCUGAUUAUCAACCCAGUGCCCCAUGUACUCUGUGCAAGAUAUGAAGAGCAUUGCUUGGACACAGUAGAAAAAAAGAAGAAACGAAGCCUCCUGCCCCUGCGCCGUGCGGAGGAGAGCCGGUUCAUCGACCCCCUGCGCCUGGCCUUCCAGCCAGCCGAGACUAAGAGCGUGUUGCUGGAGCUGAUGGGCUGCCUUCCGCCCUUGGUCUUCCUGCUGACGGCCUGCGCCCUGGACUCCCUCCUCUACACCAUAUUCAGCACCAUCCGGAGCCACUCCUUCAUCCAGUAUUCCUUCCGCAAAUGUUUGCCAGACCCCCGAGGGAUGAGCUGGGAAGAGUACGUGAAGACCGCCAUCCCGCUAGGCGCCCUGGUGAUGCUAUGUUUCCUGCAAGUCUACGUUUUCCGCAUCCGGAGAGUCAUCGCCGCCUUCUAUUUCCCCAAGCGCGAGAAGAAGCGAAUUAUCUACCUCUACAACGAAAUGUUGCGUCAGCGCCUGGCUUUCGUGAUCGUGCAACGCAAACGCAUCAUUUUGCGAGCUCGGAGGCGCAAGAGAGUGAGAAAGCCGCUGCUGAACCAGAUCGGACACUGGUGUCCGUUCCUGAAACGCUUCCUGAUUCGCCGCUGCAUUCUUUGCAACCGGCCCGAAUCCCGCCGUUCGUUGACGUGUUCGAACCCCGACUGCGAGACCGUUUACUGCCGCAUUUGCUGGAAGGACCUCGGGCAAACUUGUUUCGCCUGCAAUCCGGACGACCUGGUUUCGGACGACGAGAGCAGCGACGGGGAAAUGGGCUACGCCGAUUAA